AUGAAGUGCAACAAAGCUGGCACCGACACAUUCUUAGCUUUGUUGGAUCACAGAAAUACGCCAUCUGCAGCCGUCCAGAUUAGUCCUGCACAGCGUUUGUUCAGUAGAAGAACGAGAAGUCUUUUACCUAUGUCUGCUGAAUUACUCAAGCCAAGUACGGCAGAUGAUGAUUUGACACGCCUCAAAUUGCGCAUGCGUCAACAACAACAAGCAAGGUAUUACAACAGAGGUGCGCGAGACCUUCAACCUUUAGAAGAAGGCGACUCGGUAAGAAUCAAGCCCUGGAAACUUGGAAAGAAAGAAUGGCAACCGGGAUCGGUAAGAAAACGUUUGGAUGAGAGAUCCUACGAAGCGCAAACACCCUGCGGUAUUCUGCGAAGAAACAGAGUUCAUUUAAGAAAGUCCAAUCUAUCCUUAAACAACAAUGAUACACCUACUCAAAAUCCAGUGACGAGACCGCCCAGAGAUCCUAUUACCUCAACCCCAGUGAUCGUACCUACAGAGGAGCUGAGUUUGCCAUCAACCUCAACCACAAUUCCUCCAUCUCCAACAAAUGAACAAGAUAAUAGCAGUUCCGGACACACCGAAGUUCGAAGAUCUCAGCGUUUGCGCCGAUUGCCAACACAUUUGAAGGAUUUUGUUUUGAAAUAG